AUGGACAACAGGAACCAGCCGUCACAUGAAGAAGCUCCAGCUCGCUCCUUCCUCCUCAGAGCCUUUGGGCUUUUCUCUGGUGACAUGCGCAUGUGUGGCGAGUGGGUGAAAAGACAGCCUUUUGCGAUCCAGCUGCUGGAUUCGGUUUUUCGAGGGGUAGCCCAGGUCAUGUUUGUCAACAACCCUCUCAGUGGGCUCCUCAUCACAACCAGCGUCUUCCUGCAAAACCCCUGGUGGGCUCUGAAUGGUCUGCUGGGUACCCUUGUCUCCACUGUUUCUGCCAUAAUACUGGGACAAAACAGGGAAGCCGUAUCAGCAGGAUUAUAUGGCUACAAUGGGACCUUGGUUGGCAUACUCAUGGCUGUUUUCUCUGCCAAAGAAAGCUGGUACUGGUGGCUUUUACUGCCAAAUGUGUUCAUGUCCAUGGUGUGCCCAGUGGUCACCAAAGCUUUGUCCACAGUUGCCAGCAAAUGGGACCUCCCAGUAUUCACUCUACCCUUUAACAUUUUGGUGUGUCUGCACAUGGCAGCUACAGGAGCAAAUCACCCCUACUUUCCAGAGGUUGAUAUCAAGCCAAAUAACCAUCUGCACGCUCAUAAUGACUCCAUCGAAAGCCUCAAAAUCACCCAGCUCCUCUUGUCUGUGCCAGUUGGCGUUAGCCAGGUGUACGGCUGCAACAGUCCUUGGAAAGGAGGUCUUAUCCUUCUGGCCCUGCUGCUCUCCUCACCAACUAUCUGUUUUCAUGCCAUGUUGGGCUCUGCUGCUGGAAUGCUGUCUGGUGUCUUCUAUGUUUUAACAUGGCAAACACACUUACUGGCUCUAAUGUGUGCACUUUUCUGUGCAUACAUGACUUCAGCGAUCUCAAAAUUGAUGUCUGUGUUUGCAUUACCAGCCUGCACGUGGCCUUUCUGCUUGUCGACUCUCAUCUUCCUCCUCAUUUCCUCUGAGAUCCCGGCCAUCUGCAGACUGCCUCUGUCUGUGGUCUCCUACCCGGAGGAAAAUCGGCACUACCAGAGACAAUUAAAGACCUCUGAGAAAGCUCAGCACAGUCAGCAGAGCGGUGGCCAAGAAGAGGCCCCGCUGAAGGAGAAUGGAGGAAAAAAAGGACUCUGUGCACUGUGUCGUGACUGUCUGCUCUGCUCUGCCUUCAAGAACUCCGGAAACAAGUCUCGAGAUGGAAAAGGAGGCUGCAACAUCCGCGUGAUCAUCCGCGGAGCUCCAAUGAGUUUUCGCCGAGCAGACUGA